CCCAGAUGGUGAUUACACAAACCACAGAGCACUGAUACACAUGAAGGUCUUUCUUUCAUUGUGCUUUCGUGGGAGUUUGUUGUCUAAUUUCUGCAGUUUGUAUCUAGCUUCAAACUGCAUUAAAAUAUUUAGUAUAGAUGGGGCUAUAGUGGGAGCAUAGCAUCCUAUGUAAAUCAAAUGAGACACAGGACUUUUUUUGGUACAGUGCACUCAAUAUGAAAUUUGCGAGCUAUAUGAACCUGGAUGAAACAGCAGAUAAUACCAAACUUCUAGCCCAAGAAUACUAUAAAGUUGCACUGGAGUAAAUUUCUAGAGAGGACAUAUUUUGUUGGACAUGGAUAAAUGAACUAUGGAUACCAGUUCUGUAGACAUAGAUGUCUCACUGUACUUGGAUGUGGCAUGUUUUGAUAUAUAGAGGAUGGGAUAUGGAGCUCUGAUAGUGUGCCCAUGGACUGAAAAAGAUCUGUUUUCUGUAUGAAAUAUUUCUUUCAUUAUAUAUAUUAAUAAUGUUAACUAUUUGUGGUUUCAUUCAGAUAGCUUAUAGCAUCUGACUGCCAAAAAGAAGUGAAUAAAUUUUCUUUCUGCUGUCACAUGUGUUUUUUGAACACUGAGCUCAGUUUUCUGCUUAGCUUACCUUCCGGUUGCUCACAUAGAUUCUUUUCAAUUUUGGAAUUGUCAUAUGCAUAGUUUGCUAUUUCUGCUGUUUUCAUUUCUUCCAUUCUGUCCCUUUAUUGAAAUUGUGUGCAUGAAUGGUUUUGUGCAUUGAAAAAAUUCCAUGAGAUUAUUGUAUCCAUAAUUGCCUUUGUAUUCCCUGGGCACUUCCAUUUCAACCCAGAGUUUCAGCUGACCAACAUCUAGGUGUAACGCUCCUCUAGUUCUCCAUUUCAUGCCUCCUCUAGUCUCCAAGCAUUCAUUGUAGUUUACCAUAAUAACUAUUAUGGCGUUUACAUUUUUUUAAAACAUCAUCCUUUUUUCUUUCAAUUUGAUUCUUACUAUAUGGCUUGUGUGUAAUGGUGAGGAAAAACUGAUCAAUAGUGCCACUAGUUUGGAAAAAUUAACAGUUUUGGACUACAACUCCCAUAAUUCCCCAAUCAGCAUAGCCAGUCCAGAAAAGUAACAUUCUCAAGCUUGGGCACUAGCAAACAGAUCACUUGGAAGAUUAGAAAGGUGGAGCUAAAUGGAAAAACUGAGUACUUGGAACAAACAGAAAGCGGUUGCAAAUUCAAGAAAGCUGAAAGAUUCCAGUCUGAAAGAUAUUCAGAUGAACAUGUGUUCUUGCCACUUUACAAGCAGGACAAGUUUGACGGAGAGAACAUGUAUAUGGGAAUGAAUGACAAUAACCAGGAGUUCCUUUCACCAAAUCAGACAUACAAUGGCCAGAAUGAGAAUAAUGAAGACUAUGAAAUCCCACCUAUCACUCCUCCUAAUCUUCCAGACCCCUCCCUUCUUCACUUGGUGGAUCAUGAAACUGGAUAUCAUUCACUGUGCCACAGUCUCCCUCCAAAUAGUCUGAUACCAGCCUAUUCCUACCAGAAUAUGGACCUUCCAGCCAUCAUGGUCUCUAAUAUGUUAAGCCAAGAUGGACAUCUCCUUUCUAGUCAGCUACCUACUUCAUUAGAUUGCCUUCCAUUGAGGUCCAUGGGACUGCACAGGAGUAACUAUUUGCAGCAUGUGAUCCAGGAGAUGGUCCACUCUGAUGCCACUUCCUAUGAGUCCAACCAUCAAGUUCCCCUGAUCAAUCGACCAGGGAUGUUAACCGGUCACAUGAGUGCCCUCAGCCAGUCCCAGCUGAUAUCUCAGAUGAGUUUGAGGAGCGGUGUUACCCAUGGUUCCCCAUCACCCCCUGGAAGCAAAUCUGCUACACCAUCUCCCUCCAGUUCUACUCAGGAAGAGGAGACAGAAUCACAUUAUAAGGUAACUGGAGAGAAGAGACCAUUGACAGAUAUGGGCAAAAAACCCAAGAAUCAAAAGAAGAAGAAAAAGAAGGAUCCCAAUGAGCCCCAGAAGCCAGUGUCUGCUUAUGCCCUGUUUUUCAGAGACACACAAGCAGCUAUCAAAGGACAAAACCCCAAUGCUACCUUUGGAGAUGUAUCAAAAAUUGUUGCAUCGAUGUGGGACAGUUUAGGAGAAGAACAAAAGCAGGCAUAUAAAAGGAAAACCGAAGCAGCAAAGAAAGAGUAUCUUAAAGCUCUGGCAGCCUACCGGGCCAGCUUGGUUUCCAAGCAGAGCUCAGCUGACCAAGGGGAGACAAAAAGUCCUCAAACUAACCAACCUUCAAAAAUGAUCCCACCAAAACAGCCCUUGUACACAAUGCCUCCACAAGCUUCAUCACCUUAUCCUGGCUUGGGCUCCUUCCUGUCUCCAUCAGAUCUUCAGAGUUAUCGUGGACAUCCUCACCCCAGCCUCUCCAGGACCCUCAAUUCCAAGCCCAUGCUGCCCAGCAUUAGUGCCUCACCACCCCCUUCUUUCCAAAUAAGCCCCCCACUCCAUCAGCAGCUGUCUUUGCAUCACCCACAGAGCUCCAUCCUCAACCAGUCCCUCAGCAUGCAGCAGGUCCCACAGCAACCCAUCUUGUCUCCAUCAAUGGCACUACAGGUACAGCCUCCAAUGAACUCUUCACCACCUGGUCAGCAGGAAUUUUCACAUAUAUCAUCCGAGUUUCAGAACAGUGUUGGGCCACGAUCACCUGGUGCAUCAAACCCGCCGGGAAAUACUGACUGGGACAAUGAUUACCCCAACAGAGAAUGUGGGAUUAACCAUUGCAGCAUGCUGCCAAGGGACAAGUCGCUCUACCUCACUUAAGCCCUGACAUCUCCAUUCUGCAAAAGGUGAAAGGAAAGGACAUUUUAAGAGGGUCUGUGAUACAAGAUACCCAGAUGGGCAUCAAGCAAGUCACAUGGACAAGAGAGCACCUCACCUCAGCUACAUAUCCUGGCUCUGAGAGUAGCCUGUCUAUUCCCUUUCCUUCUCUCUUCCUCUUUCCUUUCAUUCUCUUCUUCUCAGACGUCUACUGUACAUGGAAGCCAACCUGCAUACAUCAUAAAGAACAAAAUUGACAAAGGACUCCCCAUCCCCACCCCACGCGCACCUUUCUCUGCUUGCCACCAGCUUAGCUAUGAACCAUUUUCCUAGUGAACUGCUUUUUAGAUUCAGCACAGACCCGAGCGCACACUGCUCAAAGGCAUUAGGCUUGGCUCAGCGGGAGAAGACGCUCUUUUUGACGACUUGCUAAAUGGCACUAAACCUUGUGCAAAAGAAAUGUGAAGUCUGUGUGAAUAUUGUACAUGCAAAAGGCCUUGGAUGUCUGACAAAAAUAAAUAAAUAAAUGCAUAUUAAAGUGGAAAACUAAAUGCGAUUGUUUGGAGGUUGGGUGGAUGGAGCCAGAUGGGAAGCAGAAGUGCAAAUAUAAGAGGGAAACAAUGUGGGGAAAAAAGACCAUGAACAAUAUAAUUUGUUGGAUAGUUGUAAGUAGCUUACUAAAUGUUUUAGAACUGUGCUAAAGACAUCUUUAAGAUUUUUUUGUGGAAAAAAGAAUUAGUAGUUUACUUUAUAGUAAAAGCAUUUUAUAUUAAUUGUAGCACAUUUUUUUAGUUAUACAUAGAAUGGAGAUGUGUAUAAAAAAACCCUGCCAAACUUGUUUCUAUUAUUUGUACAGCAAGAAAUGGACAAUUUAUAUCCAUGUUAUAUGGCAUUAUUAUAUUUUUUUUCAGCCAUAUGUCCAUCUAUUUAAAAUUGCUGACAAGGAUUUUUGUCUAUUUAUGAAAAAAAAUUAGAAAGCAGAAUUACAGUUUAUGAAAAGUGCGUUUUCCAUUUUUUAAUUAUUAUUUUUAUUUUGUUGGUGGUGCUGUUUUCACGGCACCUGCACAUUUUGGCUCACAAUGCUUAUCUUACCUUUCUUUAUAAUAAAACAUAUGAAAAGUAGAAACAA